CACUGCCCUGUAUAUCAUAAUACAUCAAUUGUCAUAGGGUUCCUGUGUACUUUUCUGAUGCAAUCCUUUCUUGAUUUCUGCUUUUUUUCUGCAGGCAUCCCCGAUCCCAGCAAUGCUUCUCGAAUUGGCGGUGGGCGUCGCGGGCUUGUUCACUGCGUCAGCUGUAACUCUUCGCGUCCUCUAUGGUCCAGGCGAAGAAGAAGCCAAGGAGCGCAUGGAUGUGCCUCCCCUUAGCCUCGAGGUGGCGCUGCUCAAAAUGUUUAAUCGAGACACCGAGUACGUAUUCCGCAAUAAUGGCUACCGCCUGUACACGCAAUGGUGGACACCAUUGGAACCUUCCCCCAAGGGUGUCGUGCUUCUUGUACAUGGCAUGAAUGGACACAGCGGACGGUCGACGCCGUUUUUCAACUUGUUGCUUCGGGACGGGUGGGUUGCGGCUGCGUACGACACGCACGGGUUUGGUCGAAGUUCAGGUCGCCACGGCCACGUCACGUCGAUCGCGGAGCUCGCCGACGACGCGCUGUUUAUGGUUCGGCAUUUCAAGCAACGUUUCCCGAACGUUCCGCUGUUUUUGAUCGGCGGCUCCAUGGGCGGACUGACGGCUGUGCAUACCGCGUUGAAACUACAAGCGCAGUCCGACGCGGGUCUCUUGGCCGGCGUGAUCUUCCACGCGCCGGCGCUCCAUGUUGCCGCCGACGUCCGGCCACCUCCUCACGUCGAGUUUGUCGGUCGGCUCUUGGUCCAACUUGCACCAAAACUGCCUUUACUUCCUUCCGUCGAUGCCACGCCGCCGCCUGCAAACACCCUACCGCUGUCCAUGUCCGAGGAAGAAGCGGACCCGUUGUUUUACGACGGGCGCCUUCAACUGGGCACGGGGCUGGCGGUGCUUGCUGGCAUCGAACAAGUGUCAUCCCAACUACACAAACUGACGCUGCCCAUGCUCGUCCAGCACGGCGAAGCCGACGCAGUAGUACCCUACGAUGUGUCAUGCCACUUUGUUCAUGUAGCGUCGUCCAAAGAUAAGACAUUGCACUUGUAUCCUGGCGGGGGGCAUCUGUUGAUGGCCGAGGGCGAAGCAGUGUCGGCGCCAUUCAUGCGGGAUAUGCUGGCAUGGCUGAAUGCACGCGUUUAGCUGGAAGGGUUUUAACCCUUGUAAAGCCCUGCUAGUCGACAACAAUAUGGCUCCCCUUUCGAGCUUGCAUACUAGUACUUGUUUUACCGCUAGUUAGAGUUAGUACUAUUAAUACUAUUCGUAGUAGCUAUUCAUGCUUUAGAGUUAGCACUACUAUACAUUGUAG